GUCAAGCGGUUCUUCCGUUUAGUCAAGUGACGCCAUUGUGAGCCGUAACGACUUUUCAGAGCACGGAAUUAAAUCUCAAAUUUCUUAAAUAAUCUCGGAAUAGAUUUACAAAAACAAAUCCAAAAAUGGCAGAUGAUAUGCCCACAUUCAAAUGCGUGCUGGUCGGAGAUGGUGGUACCGGCAAAACCACAUUUGUCAAACGACACUUGACUGGAGAGUUCGAGAAAAGAUACGUCGCGACUCUCGGCGUCGAAGUUCAUCCUUUAGUUUUCCACACAAAUCGUGGCCCCAUCAGAUUUAACGUUUGGGAUACUGCUGGUCAGGAGAAAUUUGGAGGCCUUCGUGAUGGUUACUACAUUCAAGGUCAAUGCGCUAUCAUCAUGUUCGAUGUAACAUCUCGUGUAACGUACAAAAAUGUGCCCAACUGGCAUAGAGAUUUAGUUCGAGUGUGUGAAGGUAUCCCAAUUGUGCUUUGUGGUAACAAAGUCGAUAUCAAGGACAGAAAAGUAAAAGCGAAAACAAUUGUAUUCCACAGAAAAAAGAAUCUUCAGUAUUAUGAUAUCUCUGCUAAGUCAAACUACAACUUUGAAAAACCCUUCUUGUGGUUGGCAAGAAAGCUGAUUGGAGAUGGUAACCUAGAAUUUGUUGCUAUGCCUGCUCUUGUACCUCCAGAAGUUACGAUGGACCCACAAUGGCAGAACCAGAUUGAAAAGGAUCUUAAAGAGGCACAAGAUACCGCUCUGCCAGAAGAAGAUGAAGACUUGUAAAUAUAGCAAAAUAAAAUUAAAUUUCCAGUGCCCUCUUAUAAAUGUGAUCAAAGCUAAUUAAGCAUACAUUGAAAUUAGUUUUUCAAUAAUUUCAUUCCAUUAGGUUGCAAUUGGUUCACGAGUUCUGUUCAAUAUUGAGUCUUAAUAAUAUCAUCUGCUUCAAAAUAUGCAUGUAAAGGUAAACUCUUUAGGUUCAAUAAUCUUGUUAUAAUUCUUACGUUCUUAGUUCAAUGUUAUUGUAAGUCAUAGAAACUAACAUCUAUACAACACAAUUUCAUAAUAUUAAGUAUUCUGUCAAGUUAUUUGAAACAUUUGCAAAUUAACUGUUUAAGUUUUGUGUGUUGAAGAUCUUUUCUAUAGUAUUAUAUUUUGUAUACAGAAAGCAUAAAAAUUAGUGUUUUUUGUUAAGGUCUGUAACCUUUACAUUUUAACAAUUCAUAAUUUACUAAUGUGUUUUGUUUGUAAUACUUCACUUCAGAUAAACUUGUCCAUUACAUCAUUUAUUUAUCAAGAACAAUCCAUGUUUGAUAUAUAAGGACUGACAAUAUUUCACUUUAAAAUUGUGAUGAUACUUUUGGAAUAAACUUAAAAAAAUGUAACAUUUCUUUUAUUUAAACUGGAGUCAAUUCUCAAAAUAACUAAUCAAUUAGCCAGUAAAAAAUAACUAACAAUUCAAGAAAGGAAUAAAACUGAAAAUAUAUAUAUAUUUUUUUGAUUUA